UGUGGAGUGCAAUAGAGAUUGCAUCACCUGUGGAUCUGUUGGUGCGGUAUGCAAAUUGGAGUGGUUCUAGGGUUUCUGGGAUAGCAGUUUUGGUGUGCCAGCCUUUCAAAGCAUUUCAUGACUACUAGACGUGAGUUCUCAGGGUCGGUGGUCAUUUAGGCAGGUUACCUUAGUGCUCUUUGGCACAGAUACAUGUUGGUAUUAUAGACUGACAGGGAGAGGUUGAAAAUGUCAGUGAAGACACUUGCCAGUUGGUCAGCGCACGCUCGCAGUACACGUCCUGGUAAUCCGUCUGGCCCAGCGGCCUUGUGACGUGUCCUCCACUAUGCUAUCAGUGACGUGUUCCAUUGCCAGAUGACCUCUAGGACACCCUCGCUCUCUCUAUCAAUUCAUACCAGACCCUCUGCUGCACAGAUAGUGACGCGGGUAGAUGGCUGUGUAUGCACUGUUUUUGCAUUUGAGAAAAUGUUUGUCCUCUCGAUGCAGGGUAACAAUGUGUCCUCUUAACGUUUUGACUUUUUCUGUGUUUCAGAGUUGGGCGGAUUUUAUUGGCUCUGUACCGACCUGUUGCUUAGGGACAUUAUGUUGUCAUUACAUUUGAAUGACAUUUGAGUUAAAACUCAAAGUCAUUUUAGGGUUGAAGAGGAUUCCUCCUACACAUCAAACACACCCACGUGCAUGUCACAGUCUAAAUGGAUCCACAGUGCCACCUGAUAAUGUACCAGAGAGAGAGGUAGGCUGCCAGGGCAACUCUGUUUAUCAAAACGUCAGAGGAGGAGGAGAGCAGUGAGUGAUGAAAGAAGAUAGAGAGCUGAGAUGACAGCUGGCUGAUGGGGGGAGAGAUAGAGGUCUGGAGGCUACGUGUGAGGGAGAAAUGAGAAACGUCAGUGGCUGCAACAAGCUAAACCCAGACAGACAGAACAAGACACAACAGAGUAUGGCAGAAACCCCAGCAGAGCCUCAGAUUGACUGUGAGCUGCAGCCCCCAUCUAAUACCCUUCCUGAGCCUCAGCUCCAGUACCAACUACAUCCUCUAUCUGAGCCCCAGCCACUACCCCAGCCUGAUACCCUUCCCCAGCCCCUGCCCCAGCCUCAGCCGGAUAGCCUUCCUGAGCCCCAGCUCCUACCCCAGCCUGAUACCCUCCCUGAGCCCCAGCCCCAGCCUCAGCCGGAUAGCCUUCCUGGGCCCCUGCUCCUACCCCAGCCUGAUACCCUCCCUGAGCCCCAGCCACUACCCCAACCAGAUACCGUUCCCCAGCCCCUGCCUCAGCCGGAUAGCCUUCCUGGGCCCCAGCUCCUACCCCAGCCUGAUACCCUCCCUGAGCCCCAGCCCCCGUCUGAAGAGGAGGUGAAGCCCUGGGUGUGGACACGUCACUGCGUACUCCUUCUCUUCCUCCUGGCAUCCUCCUUCUGUGCCUCCAUAGUGGGCCUGGCCUACUACUCCCAGCAGCACCUCCCACCAGAGAGCACACCGCCAGCCUCUCCUCCAUGUACCUCCCCGGCUUGUCAGAGGGCUACCGCCCGUCUUUCCAUCUCAGUCGACCCCUUCUCUCAGCCCUGUGACUACUUCCUGUUUCCCUGUGGGUCUGAAGGGGCGUCUCUGUCCAACAGGGGGAGACAGAGGGGCAAGGGCAUGCCCCUACACCCACAGGGCCACAAGAGCAGGGCAGCACAGGCAGAGAAAGAGAGAGAAAGAGGGAGGAAGGAGAGAGAGACAGGCACGGACAUAAUAGAAAAGGCUCCAGCAGACAGAAUGCCAGACAGACAGACUGCACUACUGCUGACAAUGAGGGAGAUUUUGGAAGCUGAGGACCGCUCCAGCCCGGGUAACUCAGCGAAGCAGAAGGCCUGUAUGUUCUACCGUUCCUGUAUGGACACUGGCCCCACAGAGUCCGCCGGGCCAGAACCUUUUCUCAGGCUAGUCCACAAGCUGGGUGGCUGGGCUGUAUCAGGCCGGUGGAACCAGACAGAUUUCAACUCCACUCUGUCUCUACUGAUGAGAGACUAUGGCACCUUCCCAUUCUUUAGUGUUUAUGUGGGCAAGGAUCCUAACGACACUCAAGGAGACAAGCGAUACAUACAGAUUGAUCAACCGGAUUUUCAGAUACCUACUGAAUGGAGCAGCAAGACUCAGAAGUCCAAAGCUAACACCCAGAUCCUGCGUCUGUUCCUGGCCUCGUAUCAGAGGUUGCUGGCCCUGUUGGGCUCUCCCUCCAGCAGCACCAUUCUCCAUAUAGGCCUGUUCAUCUCUCUGUCCUCUGAACUGGCUGUAGCUGCCUCUCCUCUGCCGCAUCGCCUGCAACAGGGGCUGCUGUACCAGCGGAUUACCAUCAAAGAGCUACAGACCCUGGCCCCUGCCAUUGAUUGGCUGGGCUGUCUACAGACCACCUUCCAUCCCCACCCUGUUAGCCAAUCGGAUCACGUCCUCCUGCACAACCUCCCUUACAUAGUCCACAUGUCCCGCAUCAUCGGCAAAUGGCUGAACAAGCAUGAAUUGAGUGGCAGUGGCCCUCUUCACACCUUCAUGGUCCUCAGUCUCCUCCACACUGUCAUACCCGCGCUGGACUCCAGGUUCACUCAGACAGAGAGGAAUUUCUCCUUAGCUCUGGGGACUACAGAGGAGGAUGUCCCUCGCUGGAGGCAGUGUGUUCUGCAGACUGAGAAAGGGUUUGAUACGGUACUAAAACACAUGCUGAGAGAGAACACCGCAUACACAGAGGCAGAGGAGCUGAUUCAGAAUGUCUAUUCCUCCAUCAUGUCCAAACUACCUGAUCUCAGGUGGAGAGAUGAGGAGUCUCGCAUGUCUGUUUUGAAUAAGAUUCAGUCUCUAACUCCAAGACUUUCAACUAAAAACAACAUUUUCAGUGAAGCUGAACUAAACAAACUGUAUUCAAAGGUGACAAUUGACGAACACAUGUAUUUCUCCAACUACAUCCAGUCUCUCUCCCUCCAGCGCCAGAGACCAAGCAAACUCUUUUCCCAGGCUGAAGGAGAUGAUAUUUGGUCCCUCACUCCAUUUAUCUCCGGCAAUGAGCUAGUCUUUCCCAUGGGGAUGUUUGUCCAGCCUCUCUUCCACCCUACCUAUCCCAGGGCCAUCAACUUUGGGGUUUUGGGAUCUUUAAUGGCCAAAGAUAUUCUCCAUCUCCUUCUUCCCAACAUCCAUUCUCAGAGUGUGUCUCCCAGAUCCAUAGCAGAGUGUGUGCGGUACCAGUACCUGCGUAUGACAGAGGGACCAGGGAGAGAGGGGGCAUUCUCGCUGUCACCAGCACAGCAGCAGGAGAUGUGGGUGCAGUACUCUGCUCUGCAGAUCGCACUACAGGCUUACAAUCAGAGUUUGAAGAAGUAUCCUGGCGACUCCUCUCUCUCAGGCAUCUCUCACACUCAUCUGUUCCUUACUUCAUUCACUCAGAUCAACUGCGACUCUGACCCGUACCACAAGUUCAUGCCCUUUGAACCUUCCUUUCUGGUUACUGUCAUCUGUGGGUAUUCUAACCUCUGCCCUACGACCCUCUCCUGCCCCAACAAACCCCAGCAGCACCUCUUAGGGACAUGCUGACCUACAGAUCUACAGUAACAUCUCCUACCAAAAAUGCAGAGCCAUUGAUGAACACACAAGACUGUGAUUUAAACAGAUCAGUGUGCCCCCCCCCGCGGGACGGUUGAGCUAAUGUAGGCUAAUAUGAUUAGCAUGAGGUUGUAAGUAACAAAAAAAUAAUAAUCUCAGGACAUAAACAUAUCUGAUAUGGGCAGAAGGCUUAAAUUCUUGUUAAUCUAACUGUCCUGUCCAAUUUACAGUAGAUAUUACAGUGAAAUAAUACCUUACUAUUGUUUGAGAAGAGUGCACAAUUAUGAACUUGAAAAUGUAUUAAUAAACCAAUUAGGUACAUUUGGACAGUCUUGAAACAACAUUUUGAACAGAUAUACAAUGGUUCAUUGGAUCAGUCUAACACUUUGCACAUACACUGCUGCCAUCUAGUGGCCAAAAUCAAAAUUGCGUUUGGGCUGGAAUAAUACAUUAUGGCCUUUCUCUUGCAUUUCAAAGAUGAUGGUACAAAAAAAAUGCAUGUUUUUUUUCUUUGUAUUAUCUUUUAAUCUAAGUGUUUCCUUUCAAAUGGUAUGAAGAAUAUGCAUAUCCUUGCUUCAGGUCCUGAGCUACAGGCAGUUAGAUUUGGGUAUGUUAUUUUAGGCAAACAUUUAUUUUUUAAAGGGUCAGAUCUUUAAGAAGGCAAUAGAACAGAACACUAAAUCCAAAUGCAACUGACAGGAGAGUUGAUUAUUCAUUAGGCACAUCCAUCCAGUCUCUUGUGACAUCUUGUGCAUGGGAGAUUUGUUUCUGGGUUCUGAGAUAAAACUAUGCACAUUGUCUGUGUUUUAUUUAAAACUGCAGUAUGUAACAAGCACCUUGUUAUCCAUAAGGAUGCUAUUAGUUAUGUUUGGCGGUUCUGGUCUGCUUACCUUUGUUAAAUGUAGGAGAGUGGGUCUGCCAGUUUAGAUGGUGCCAAAGACACAAACAGUGUUGGAAAAGUGUGUAUGAAGUGUGUGGAUGUAAAUGAAUAUGGAAAGGGGGAUAUCUAGUCAGUUUUACAACUGAAUGCAUUCAACUGAAAUGUGUCUUGCGCAUUUAACCCAAUCCCUCUGAAUCAGAGGUGCGGUCAUAGAUAUAGGGCUGAUCAUUCUACAAAAUAAAGUUGAUUUUUUAAUGUGAA